AUGACGAACGUCCACUCCAAACCAAUCCUCGGCAUGCGCGUCCCCAUACAUCCCCUCCCGCUUCCGCCAACGCUGACACGGCGCCCAUACGUCCUCGCCUUUCUCGUCCUCAUCCUGCUUCGCUCGCGCGCCGCAGGCCUCACCUUCUCUGCAUACACUGCGAUCCAGGAAAAUGUGAAGAAGUUGAGAGACAAGUUGCGCAUGAAGCUGAAGCGCAAGUUGACGAGGGAGGAGAUGGACCGGGUGUUGCAGCAGGUGUAUGUCGAGGAUCCGGAUGGGAGUGGGGGUAAAACACUGUUGGUCCCGUAUCGCGAGCGGAUUUUGAAGGUUCCAAUACACACCACCCCGACAUCAAAAUUCACAUCCGACACUCCCUUCUUCCCCCCUCUAUCAGAAUCAACACUCCGCAAACCCUCUCUCUCCCUUUCCUUCCUUUCCCAGCUCACAGCACUUCUUGGCCGCAUCGCCAUUCCAUCUGCAACGUCUCCUGAGGCCGGCAUCGUCGUUCUACAUUCUAGCUUCCUCGUCCUGCGGACCGUACUGAGCAUCUUGGUUGCGAGGCUGGAUGGGAGGAUUGUGCGUGAUCUGGUGAAGGGUGAUGGGCGCGCGUUUCUGAGGGGUUUGGGGUGGUGGUUUGUGCUGGCGAUACCCAGCACGUUUACGAACUCGAUGAUCCGGCAUUUCCAGUCGCUCCUGGCGCUGCGCCUCCGCACGCGCAUGACGCGGUACCUGCACGACCUAUACCUGGCGUCGCAUCCAGCACUGCGCUACUUCCGCGCGCCGGGAUAUCUUGACGGGGUAGACCAGUAUCUGACCGCGGAUGUCGACGCGUGGGCGAACGCGCUGAGUGGUGUAUACGGCAAUGUCCUUAAACCCUCCCUCGACCUCCUCCUGUUCACCUCCCAGCUCUCCCGUUCUCUUGGUGUACGCGGAACAAUUCUCCUCUUCCUUAACUACUACACGACCGUUUCGAUCCUUCGCUUUGUGACACCCUCCUUCGGUGCCCUCGCUGCUACGGAAGCACGUCUUGAAGGCGAGUACCGCAUGGGUGUGGGAAGAGUCGGGAGGGAGGCGGAAGAGGUGGCGUUUUAUGAUGGCGGCAAGAGGGAGAAGGAGAUUGUGCUGGGUGUGUAUGCGAAGUUAAUUAGACAUGUUAAUAAAGUUUACAAGAUCCGCAUCGCGUAUGAAUGGACAGAGGACUAUGUGAUCAAGUACCUCUGGUCCGCUGCCGGAUAUGCACUCAUUGCCGUGCCUAUUUUGUACACGCGUGCGAAACGCUCGUUGGGAGUUGGUGUUGGUGAUAAUGUCCGUGGUGCUGAUGGAGCGGAGAGGAUGAGGCGAGACCGGGAUGAAGCGGUCGCUGGACGAACGGAGACAUACAUAUCUAACCGUCGGCUGCUGCUCUCCCUAGCCGACGCGGGCGGGCGGCUGAUGUAUGCGUACAAGGACCUGCUCGAACUUGCGGGGCUGACAGCGAGACUGUAUGUCUUGGUGUCGACGCUGUUGAACAUGCCGAGCGGGCGGGGUGUACGGUGCGUUGAUGGUGCGGGUGUUGGUGACGCCGAAGGAGAAGCAAUGGGAGUGGAGGUGGAGGAGGUGGAAGCGGUGAGUUUGACCGGGGUGGAUGUGCGUGUGCCGAGGGUUGUGAGGGGCGCUUUGGAGAGUGCUGCAUUUGCCUCCGAUAAUGAUAAGGAGAAGCAUGAGGGUAAAGGUAAGGGCAAGGAGAAGGAGAAGGAGAAGGAGAAGGAAAAGCAACAAGACGAAGUCAAAGAAGGCAGAGGCGAAGGUGCGCGUGAGGACCCGCCGCUAGUGAAGAACCUGACGCUGCGUAUCGCACGUGGCGAGCAUCUUAUGAUCACUGGAAGCAAUGGGGUUGGGAAAACAGCUGUUGCGCGCGUGCUUGCUGGGCUGUGGGAUCCUGCUCCCUCGUCUGAUGGUGUAAAUGGGGAGGGGGAACCUCAUGUGCAGAUGCCACGCGAUGAGACCGAGGCGGAUGUGUUGUUCCGCCGUGCGGCGUUCUUGCGCGCACGGGAGGUGGACGCUGGAGCGCGAUUUGGUGGUGCAGUUGGAGCUGGGGCAGGAGGUAAGGGAGCGGAGGCGCUGAAACAUGAGCGGGAGCACUGGAGGCCACGCCCGACGCUGUACGUGGUACCCCAGCGCGCGUACAUGGUCGCGGGGAGCUUGCUCGAGCAGAUCAUCUACCCAUGCUCAUACGCGUCGUUCGUGCGCAUGACGUCCAUGUUCAGCGCCAACGCUCAGCAAUCGCAGUCGCAUUGGAAUGACCCUUCGUACCCGCCUACACCCGCUACCCCGACCCGUCCCACACUGCUCUCGCGCUCGUCCUCCGUCGCAUCGCUCACAAAUCUUAUCUCAUCCACGCUUCUCCCCCCACCCCCUUCCUCACUUGUGCAGAUGCCCAGCAAUGCAGCGCUAGCGGAGAUCCAUAAUAUCCUUGAGAAGGUGCACUUAGGGUACCUCGUGGGGAGAGAGGGAGGGCUGCAUGUCAGGAAGGAGUGGAGAGAUGUGUUGAGUGGUGGGGAGAAGCAGAGGAUGGCGAUGGCAAGAGUGUUGUGGUGGAGGCCUAGGUUUGCGGUUUUGGAUGAGUGCACAAGUGCGGUGUCGAGCGAUGUGGAAGGAAGAAUGUACGAGGCGGCCAAGGCGCUGGAUAUCACGCUCAUCACGAUUUCACUCCGCCCAUCCUUGAUGAAAUACCACAAACAGCUACUUACUCUACACGGCCCCACGGACCCCACCUCUCCUGGUCGCUGGACCCUCGCGCGUGUCGGCACGAAAGAGGAGCGCAUGUCUCUCGAGAAGGAGAUUGGUGUGCUAGAGGAAAGGCUUAAGGAGGUUGAAGGGUGGGAGAAGAGGGUGAGGGAACUGGAGGGUUUGUUGGGUGUACAGGAGGGUGUUGGCGAGGGUGAGGGUGAGCAUGAGCAUACCGGUUCUAUUCAUACUCAUAGAGAGGGUGUGGAUGAGGAAGGGGACCGCGAUGAGGAGGAGGAGGCGAGGUUGCGUGAGGAGGAGAUGAAGGAGGAGGUGUAUGUGUAUGAUUAUCGUGAACCAGAGGGAUCUGAGCGCGACCUUGAGUCGGAGAGUACGUCGUGGAGCGAUGCAGAUGCGGGAGACAUAGAAGCUGAGGGGGAGGUGGAGGUGGAAAGUGUGGGGACAGAAGCGGAGGCGCUGUCUGUUGGGUUUGAGGACGCAGUUGACCCGGAGGAGAUGCUCUCUAUGCCUCUGGAUGUUGAGGAGGAGAUGACUUUUGCUUAG